AUGGGCACGCUCAAUGCUGCGACUGCUACGGUCUAUGGCCGACCAGGUGCUUGCAUGGAAGACGCUCCACGCACAAACGCAUCAGGCGAACUCGUCGGGAAGCAUGAAAGAGACUUUUUGGUCCAUGGACGCGAGAAGCUGCCACAGGGCGCUAGCAGUAAUAGCCGUGCGCUUGCGAUGUCGGUCAUCGAGGAGGAACCGGCCCACAUGCGCGAGUCACGUCUCGAAGACCAGGAAAAACAUCCCGAGGACAUUAAACCUAGCAGAGACGAAGAGAUAGACGGACGACCUCGGCCGUCCGCUGCGGCUCCAGCCACCACAUGCCCAAUAUCCCCAGCAUCUGGGUCAGAAUCGGCUACGUGUACGCAGCCUAGGUCGGCUUCAAGCUCUGCGUCUACGGCCCCCUCAUCCGUCGACGAAAGUCCUCACUCCAGUAGCCGUCCAAAGUCUUCCUCUAUUCCUCCGGACAAGAGAUCCGUGUCGACGAAGCGUGAACGUGCGCACCGUCGCACUCCCAGUGCACCGCUCAGCUCUCCCGAUGAAGUUCCGAGGACAAAAUUAGCGACGAGACUAGACUCCAUUCACGCGUCUGCUUCUCAAGAUGUGUACGACUACCACCAACGAGCAGCGUCGCGUCAACAAGCGUCGGGACCGCGCUCCAGUUCACGCGAGAAAUCCCAGUCGAAGAUGCUACCGCCGUUCCGAGAACCUUUCUCUGAACGUGAAAAUACUCGUUCAGAGGCGUAUUCUCAGGCGAACUCAGCCCAUCCGAACCACGGACACAGGCAUCGUCGGAUGUCUUGUCAGGUUUCACCUACGAGUUCGGAAGAGAACCACCGACCCAAGUCGCCCCCAAGUGCACUUGCGUCUUUGUCAGAAACAGAAUUAAAUGAGGACCGUCGUGUACGCGCGUUCCAAGACGUGAGUCCUCCUCCUCGGCAGCGCUCGACGUCAAACCCGAAGCCAAUGUCUCGCACCCACAUUGUAACUGCACAACGUCGAGUGGCUUCGUGUCGAGAAUCAAAAACGCCUGCCGCGAUGAAUCCGAAGUUGAUGGGGGCAACUAAGUCAGCAAAGGACCAUCAACAGGCUUCAUCGCGUCUGUUUUUAAGCUCGCGAGACCCGAUUCGUACUCGAUCGACUUCACUUCUUCCCAAAAAGUCAUCAAAACCUGUUUCAAGUGAAGGUCCGAUGGCUCGGUCAGCAUCAGCGUCGAGUUUGUCGUCGCUUGGAUCCGCACCCUCGCCUCGUAUGAGUGGUCCCCAGAUGCCGCUACGUCUCCGCCAUUACGAAGGAAGAUUCUCGAACCGACGGAAGCAAACGUUGUUUUAUUUUUCUCUCUUCCCGCCUGAGAAGAUGCCAAUGCGUGGAGUUGUAUUGGCUCUGCACGGCAUUGGUGACCACUGCCGACGAAACGUUAAGUUGUACGAGCGGUUGUGCCGAGAAGGCUUCGGUGUGAUCACCUACGACCUGCUCAACCACGGCGUGAGUGAUCUCGACCAUCACAAGACACGCGCACACGUCAGCAACUUCCAAUACCUGGUAGACGACACGAACGACUUCAUCACGUUUGCUAAGCGAUCCAUCUAUAGAGAUGCACUUCGGUACUGGCGGAAGCACCACUCGCAAGGUCGGGUGAGCAGCACGGACCUGUUGUCGCAGCCUGAACUACCGCUUAUCGUUGCUGGGACGUCGUUUGGUUCUCUCGUCGGUCUUCACACCGUUCUGGUCGGUGAACAUAACUUUGACGCUGCCGUUUGGGGCUCACCCACUGUUGGUGUGACGUGGAGCCCUCUGCUUUGGGCAGAGGCGAAGCUUUCGAAGCCUCUGGCUGCCAUCAUCCCGACGGCGAAAGUUGUGCCUGCCGUUCAGCACGAUCUGCUGUGUCGUGACCCAAAGUUCUUGAAAAGGUUCAAGGCUGAUCCACUCACCUCGAUGGACAUGAUGACCACUCGCACUGGGCACGAGUCACUUCAGGCAAUGAUCCAGCUGCAAGAAAACACUCGGGUGACGGACCCCAGCAGCACAUUCUGCGCUGUCCCGACGCUCUUCCUAGCCGGAUCAGCCGACGGCAUCUCCGAUCAGCAGGCGGCCAUCAAGUUUUUCGGCACGAUGGGGAAUUUUGAUAAGGAAUUUAAGCUAUUUGAUGGCCUGUUCCACAUGGUUUAUGAAGAACCCGAGAAGGAAGACGUCUUCCGGUACCUUGUUCUACUUGUUUUGGCCUUCCCGCCUCCGCUGCGCUUCGUGACGCCGUCGAGUCUCUUGCACCUUGGAGUCACGGUACAUCACGUGACCGAGGCUAGUGUGACCGACCGCUUUACUUCUUUCAUCAGCGGCAUCUGCGUUCGCGGUGAGAGCAAGUGUAAUACGAGUCUUCCUUUUCUUGGCAACGCGAGCGCCCCUGGUGCAAAUGGAGCUGGAGGGAGCCAUAGCAUAGCAGAAUCCGGUUUCAUCCAUGUUGUAGAUAUCUUUAGGCUCGUAAAGGUCGGUCAAAUCUUGUGGUCGCUGACGGCCGAGCGCUACUUCGACGGGAUCAGCAGUGCCAGCUUCGCCAGGGAGUUUCCGGCUCCGCAAGAUAUGCCUCCGCUCCCCCACAAGAACGACGAGAAGUGGUCAACGAAGAUUCAAUCUGUGGGGAUUUGA